AUGUUUAAGAAAAACUAAUUUAUUUUAAAGUUUCUUGACAAACUAUUAGAAUUUGAAAACAAGGCCUAUAUCCUCCCUGAUCAUUUAGUCAAUAUUUUGUUAUUACAACAUUCGUUAAUUAAUCUAUCAUAUCUCUUUUAAAGGAGUGAAAAAUCGUGGAUAUACAUAUUGGUACUUAUUGCAAGACCUUAACUGAUAAUAAAGAUUGAAUUCUUGGCCUUUUUUAUGCUAGCAUUUAUUGUUCUAUGGCUAGUAUUUUUAUUUAAUCAAAAUUUGUAUGGAGCUUCACUGACUAGUUUAAUUAAUACAUUAUUGAAAACUUCAUUGUUGAAUUUUGUACUUGAAUAGACGGAAGAUUAAUUCGGACUAACUAUUGGAUUAUGUAUAAGCAUAUAAUAAUUUUUGGAUGUUUUAUUUGUAUAAGGAACUCUCACUGUAAAUACAAUUAAUUUUUAAGUCCCUUACUCUAAUUACUUAAAUAUUUUAGAAUUUAUAUUAAAUAUACUGCUAAUUUAUUUUUACUUAUUUCAAUUUGAUUAAAUUGUGUUAUAAAUAUUAGCUUUAAUCAGGUCAUGUUUUUAAUUAAUUAUAAUAGUUUAUCAUAAUAACUAUAGAAAUAGUAUAAUUAGAAAAAUAGUAGCUUCAUCUCAUUUGGUCACUAUUAUAUUUGGAAUAAUUAAUUAUAUUCAUUAUUAAGAUUUAUUCACGUUAGUGUUAGUACCGUUUUUACUAAAAAUUAUACUUCAGCAAUAAUUUUCAUAUCAUAAUAUUGAUGAUCCUAUAUUAAAAGCUUCUAUAUUACUUGAAGAAGGGAAAGUUUUUUAGUGUUUUAUAAUAUUAAAUAAUUUAAAGAAUCUAGGGGUUAUGAGAUAGGCAAAAUGUAAUCAAUAAAUGAGAUUAUGUAUUGAUUAAAUUAUUAUUAAAAUAUCUAAGCCUAAUCAAGCCUUAAAAGGUGCUUGUUAACAAUUAAUGAAAAAUGAUUAACAUAAUAUAAUGCUUUCAAAUUCAUUAAAUAAUUUAAUACAAAACAAGUUAUUUUUACUUCAAAACUUUAAAGAUAUUAAUUUUAAUCAAUUGAUGAUUUAUACUGAUAAAGUUAAUUCUAUAAGUCGUUAAUUAGAAUAAUACUAUAAUUAAUAAAAUAGUAUGAUGGUCUAAUCAUUAUUAGUAUUUUUUUAUUCUGAAAUUGUAAAUGAUUUGCUUAAAGCUUAAUAGAUAUAAAGUAGUUUCUCAACAUCAUAAGAAACAUAAAUAAAAUUUAAUGAUUCAAUGUUAUCUAAGUUAAUCUAUUUGGUUGCAAACUAUUAAAAUAAUAAGCUUAUAAUUAAAUCAAUAUCUAGUAAUGCUCCUAAGACUUUUUGCAAUAGAAACCUUGAUGAUCUGAUUCCUGUUGGUGUUAGAGAAUGGCAUUCAUUAUUAGUAGAUAAAUUUGUUACUGAUGGCUAAUCAAAAUUUGUUAGAAAUCUAAAUAAUAAUUAUAUUGCUAGUGAAAAUUAUAUAGAAAAUGUUUAAUUUGCUAUUGAUAUUUUUUAUACUGAUGAAGUAGACUUUGUUUGUUUAUUUUAACCUACACUUUUAUAAACUAAAACAGUAAUAAUAAAUCAAAACUAUUAAAUUACUUCAAUGAGUGCAGAUUUUAGUGAUUUUGUUAAUUUAAGCAAAUAUUUUAAAAUAGGUUAAUAGAUUGAUAAAUUUAUACCAUCUGUUACUUAAAUUACAUAAAGUUGUUAUUUAGAGAACAUGAUUGUAAUGUAGUCUGAUUAAAUCUUAAGUGCUAAUAAUUUUGCUGAUUAAAAAACUGAAAUGAAUUAUUAUUGUGAUGUCAAUAUUACAGUUAAAUUACAUGAAGAGAAAAUGUUAUAUAUGAUAAUAUAAUUUGAUAAUUUUAAAAAAUAAUUAAUCAAAAAAAAUGAAGAAUUUAUUGAAGAAUAGGUUUUAGAUAAAAAUACAUUUGAUAUGAUUCCUUAUGAAUUAGAAAAUAAUAUGAUUAUGGAUCCUUAUGAAUUUUCAGAUAAUUAGAGUGAUAACCACAAUAAAUAAAAUUAUAUUUACAUAGAUGAAAAAACUAUAGCAAAAUAAUAAAUAUUUACACCUAGAGAUGAAGAAGUAUCUUUAGUAAAAUUUUAAAGAGUUGCAAAAAGAUUUUAAUCUCAAUUUAAGAAAUCUCAAUUUUAAGAAGAACAAUAAGCUUAAUUUUAUGAUGUCUAAUCUUAAGUCUCUUCAUUAAAAUAAUUUAGAAAUUCCAAAUUUUAUAGAAAAUAUGAACUUUAUAACAAAUUUUUAUAAUUUAUUCCUUAUAAUAGAUUACACAACUUUAUUAUUGCUAUCAUGUUUCUAAUAGGCCUACUUCAAAUGAUAUUCAUGAUAAUAGUAUUUAAACUUUAUAUAUUUAGUAAUUAACAAAUAAUGCCCUGGUUACAUUAGCAGAAGAUGUCAAUUUAUUGGAAAUCAAAAAUUUAAUAUUUUAACCAAUGGAAUUGUUCCUUGUCACUAGAUGGACUUUAUUUAAUUAUAAAAACUAAUUGAAUGAAAAAUAAAUUACUUUAGAAGAAUAUACAAAUAGAACUCAUUUUGCAUUAUCUAAUUUAGAUUUAGGAUAUGAUUAAUUGAAUUAAAAUAUAUAAUCAGUAUUGUUCAAAAAAGAAUUGUAGGCCUUAUUGUAAAUUAAACAUAUAUAUGCUUAUUAAUACUUAGAUACAUACAAAAAUGAAUAAUAUAAUAUUACUUUAAGAACAGCUAUUUAGAUUCUAUUAAAUUUUUAAUAUACACUUAAAAUGAAUUAUAAAAUUGAAAAAACUGUUGCUAUUGAUACUCCACAAGUUUUUUAUAGUUAUAAAAACUAUAAAGUAUUAAAUGAUAUAGCUUAAUAAUUGAAUCUAGAUGUAAUAUCUGAAACACUAUUAAGAGCAAACUUAAUUUAAGAUUAAAUUGAGACAAUUUUAGCUAUUAAUUAAUCUCUUAUGUUAUUUUUGUUACUUUUAAUAUUUAUUAUGCAUCAAAUUAUAGACAGGAGACUAAUUCAAUGUAUCAAUUUAGUGUAAUAUAUUGAUGAAAGGGAGUUGGAACUUGAAAUUAAGAAAUAUUAAUCAUUUUUAAAUCAACUUAAGAUAGAUAAUUCAUUCAAGUUUUAAUAUAGAUUAGAUAUGGAAUUAAAGGAAUAGUAAUUUUAAUAAUUUUAAGGUUAUGAAAACCAAUCAAAAAUAAAAUUUUAAAAAAUUACAACAAAUUCUCUAUUAAAAUAUGGUUUUUUUUUAUCAACUAUUUACAUUUUAUUUUCAUUCAAUCAUUUUUCAAUUUACUUUUUAUAAAAGAACUUUUUAUAAAAGUAUCCAGAAACUACAUUAUAUUUAACAGGAUUUGCAAAUUUAGGUGUUGAUUUUCCAGCUAUGUUUGCAUAACGUGAAAUUUUGAUUGAGAGAAAAAGAUUAUUUUAUUUAACCUAAGAGGAUUUUGAAUAUGUUUAUUAAAGAAUAAUAUUGGCUUUGAAUAAUACUGCUUAAUUUGAUUCAAAAGAAAAAGAUUUUUCUAAGUAAAAAUUUAUUCUAAUUUAGAAUAUUAGUAACUUAAAAAUUUUCAGAUUAUUAUGAACAAUUAUAAGUAUCUAAUUUGUGUAACUUUAUUCCUAAAAACAUAGAAGAAAAAAGUAAAUCUAUUUGUUCAUAAAUAUUUAAUUAAAAUAUGUAAUUAGGUUUAAAAGCAGUAUUAAUUUAUGCUUAAAAUUUGAUUGCAAAAGAAAUAGAGAUUAAUAAAUUCACUAAACGACUUACAAUAGUAUAUAAUGAAUUAGAUGGUGUCUUUAUUUUAUCACAAAUAAUUAAGGAUGUAAACACAUAAUUUGUUUAGGAAUUAAAAGAUUUGACAGUUUAAUUAGUAUAAAUUUUAUAUGUAAAUAUUUUAUUAAUAAUUAGAUAAUAAAUUUUUGUUAUAUAGUAUUGAUUAUAUUCAUAAUCCUAAUAUGGACACCAAAAUUAUCUUAUAUGUUUAUUAAUAACUCUAAACAAAUUGUGCAAUUCGUAUAAAUUUUACCUACAUAUUCGCUCUUCACUAAUGAUUUUUUUGAAAGAAUUAUGAGAAGCUUUUUAAAUCAAAAUUGA